AUGCGCCUACUGUCCUCACGGAGACGCGACAAUAGUCUUGAUAACGAACCAGGCGCAGCCGCAGAUGCAGAUGCAGCUUCCAGGGAUGGGAGGCCAUCACCGUCGAAAGGCGUCGUGUCGCCGGUCACGCUGGUCGACCGGCUCGUAACCCUCCCCGUCCGCCAGCAUGGGCCCCGAGAAUCGGUCCUCGUCGAGCCCCGGAUCGAGUACCCCCAUCGUCGCGAAACCCAGCGGAGCGAGCGCAGAAACCACCAGGGCAUAACGGCGCAGCUGCGGCUCGAGCGCAUCCGCGCCGCCCAGUCCGCGCCGCCGCCGAACUGGCGGGCCGUCCUGCAUACCCUCACCGUCUGGACACCCAAGUACUCCGAGGAUACCGUCGAGGUCGUCCUUCCCGAAGAUGCUGCCAGCCUGCUCUUUUCGGACGCGGUGGACAAUAUCUGGGACAUUCAGUCGAGGACUGGGGUGACGAUGAAAAUCGAGUCUGGGGCUGCAAAGGAUGGGCCUCAGACGCUGCUACUCUCGGGCGAUCGACGUGCCAUUGACAAGGCGAUCGAGGAUAUUCUCAGCGUGACAAAGAAGAUUACAAGCGUUCUCUUGUCGAGACCUGUUGACCGCAGCGGCAGCCUCUAUCCACUAGAGGGUCAAGAGACGAGCUCAACCCCUCCCGUAUCUAUCUGGGACGGCCAGACCAGCUUUGCGAGGCCAUAUGCCCUCACAAGAAGAGCAGAGGACAUCCCUCGACCGAGCAGUUGGACAAAAAGGUCGCUUGAGGAGUACGUAAUCGCCCUGACGAUGGGCCGCCUCCCUCCAACCCUUGCCUCAACCAUCUAUCCGAAGGGGAUGAGCCACGACGAAGCCGUCAUCCAACAGCUGCACCAAACCUUCAACGACCCAACAGCCCGACCAGCGCUGUCAAGCUCGGCGUUCAAGAUGGCCCUCGCCUUCAUGGCUCGGAAGGGCCACACCUUCCGGCCCCACUCCCGGGCGCUGUUCGUCCGCAUGGAGAUGUUUGGCAUGCGAAUGGACACCGAGGUCUUCAACCUCCUGGCCGAGUCCGCAGUCAAGGCCCGCGACCUGCGGAGCUUCUCGAUGACCACGAACCUCAUGGUCAAGCGCGGGCACCGGCCGAACCUCCGGACCUGGAUUCUCUUCCUGCGCCUGAUCAAGAGCGAGGAGGUCAAGCGGUACAUCCUCCACGCCAUGAACCACACGGAGCUGCUCGACAGCCCCUCGGCCGCCAGAGAGGUCGCCAAGGAGAUGGCAUCCCACGACAUCGACCGCGCCAUCCAGCAGGGCAAGGACCUGCAGACUUUUCUUACGGACCAAGACGCCCUCUACGGUUCAGACUGGCUCAGCCGUGACGCCGGCAACAAGAUCAUCGAGAUCCUCGGCCGGCACGGCCGGUUCGACGACUGCGGCGACUUCCUCGACGUCAUGUCCCGUAGCAUACCCGGUGGCCCCGACGUCGUCGCCCUCAACACGGCCCUGACGCACUGCAAGGUCCAGAACGACCUCCACCGAGCCGUCGACCUGCUCGAGCGAUUUGAUAACAGCAACAACAGCAACAACACCGCCGAACAACAACAAAGAGGGGCCGCCGUCCCGGACGCAAUCACCUACCACCUCCUCUCCGAGCUGGGCUGGCGCCACAAGCUGCCCCACGUCACCGGCCUCGUCUGGCGCUACAGCUGCCUCGUCAACAAGACCAGCUACCGCAUGCGCCGCCGCGCCGCCGACCUCCUGCGGAAGGGCGCCGGGGCGGCGACGGCGUCGUCGUCGUCAACCGCCACAGCCGGCGACGGCAACGGCGAUGGCGACGACGACGCGCAUACCAUACAAGCCCUGCUCGUCAACGAGGUGACGAGCGACUACGCCGAAGCCGGAUCCGACCCCGCGGUGCGGGAUAACCCGGACGCCGACGCCGACGCCGACGACCCCAUGCGCCAGAUGAUGCAGUGGUACAGGCGCCGACACCGCGACUGGGAGCCCGCCGCCCCGCUGAGCGCCCUGCUGAGGGAGGCGCUGGCCCGCGACGCCCGGCUGCUGCGGGUGCGACGGCGCCGCCGCCUGGGCGCCUCCUCCUCGGCGGGGGCGGAGGGCGGCGAGGAGGAGGAAGAAGAAGAACAAGACAUCGUUGUGGGGCCCGUGGCGCUGCCGACGCGGAGGCGGAGGCGGGUGUGGGGGGGAGGCGGCGACGCUGACGCUUCGGUUCGGGGAUGA